CCUGUCUGAGGCCGGCCUUCUGUCACGUGUUUGCAUGGACACGUUUACGCUGCUCUUCCUGGUUAUUUCUGGACGUGGAAAUUCAUUAUAUGUCUGCAGAGAAGCAGGAUGACCAAACCAAAGGAACAAAAGAAGGAGAAAAUAAGUGUUGCUACAGAGAUUGACCGGGUGGAGGAACGGCGAUCGCUGUGCCAGAGUAACCUGGAGAGGGCGGAGUACCGGCAGCGCCGAGAGCAGCUUUCGGGGCAGGACAGGCAAACGCUGGAAGAUGAAAUUACACUAAUUAAAGAGAGAAUCCAAAAAUAUGACCGUGAGCUGGAGGUGCUGCGGCGGGAAAAUCGCAGGAACAUGCUUCUGUCCGUGGCGCUGCUGGCGAUCGCAGCUCUCUGCUACUACGCCUUUAUCGCAUAGCACUUCCACCAGUCUCCCUCAAGCAAGCCUUCUGUAAUCAGUACUCACCGCUUAGUCUGGGUCAUGUCCUGAUCAAGGGCACAUCUUUGGGAUGAGCACUGGGGGGUUCAGGUCUCCACCCAUUUUAGGGGGUCCAGGAGAUUAUAUUGGCUGGCUUUGAUCCCAUAAUUUAUGCCCAUGGUCCUGAUGCACCUUGUUCUGUCUGAAACAAUAUCUGCCUUUGCUGGAGGUGUGGUGGAUGAGAAGUGCAGGUCGCUUUUAAAACGGUUACCGGCUUUUACCAGUAGAUGGCAGGAUUGUUCAGACUUUCACCAUCAUAGGCAAAAGUUACUUAACUAAUCUGUGAGCUGCACCCCAGAGAAAAUAGAGAAGACCCAGUGAUUUCGAGUUAUAAUACAGUUUUCCAUGUGAUUCUUUUUCUGAGCAUACAGAUGAACAGAGUAUUGACAGACUACAGCAGAACCGUAUUCGAGUACUCAUGGCUGCUCUGAGGUCGCAUGGGUGUUAGGAAUAUAAAGACUCAUGCUUGUAGGAUUUUGUGAGGUUUGUCACUGUACGUUCACUGCCAUUGAGCAGAGGGACCUUGGUGGCAAAGAUCAGGAAGCUUGUGUUGGAAGACUGUCAUGAUUAACAAGAAACUGUAUGUGGCACAGUGACGAGAAGGGAAGUCAGACAUAACUGUGCUGGUAUGUAGGGCUAUAGCCGGAAAACUGGAACUUGAAUUAUGCUCCAUUUUGUCUUUGUAUAAAAUCCUUUGCCUAUCUGUGUUGUCAGAAUCGUACUUAUCAAUGCGAGUGAUCCUUCCAAAAGAAUAAAACGCUCAUCUAAAGGGAUCCAUCUUUCAUUGAUGUGGCACCUUGAUGCAUAAACAGGUCUGGGGAAAAAAACUCAGUCAGAAUUCAGUGCUGAUGCUUGUAAUAUGGAAAAUGAUCGGUCAUUUGCCCCUUCUGUUACCGGGUGCAGCACCAAACUAUGAAACGAGGACAGGCCAAAUUGACUACGAUUCCAAGUGUAUUGGCUGUUUGUGGGAAGCGGGUCAGCAGGAAAUAUCACCAGUGUUGGAACCACAUUGGCACACUCUGGUUUCUUGCAUACUGAGUCAUAAAGGAGUAUUUCUGGCAGUGGGGCUGUUUUCAGGUUGUUUUUCAGUUGUUAGAAUUCUGUAUUAAAGACGCAAUAAAUACAGAACACUGGUAUUGGGAGUUUGCUGUAAUGCACAUUUUAUUGGGAGGAUGUAGAAAUUCCUGGAUUAGUGUAUGAGCAUCAUCCAAGAGACCAGAGAUAAGGGGGUAUGUCAUUUUCUAGCUGUUUAUCACUGACGCCUGGCCUUGUAUUGUGGUACCUUUGCGGGAAAAAGAAUAGGAUAUGGAUCAUUGUUCAAGUCACCAUGAAGGAGCACAGUUGCUGUCAUGCAUGCAAAUAAAACCAAAUAUUUGGGUCUUUCUCCAA